GUUUUAUGUUAAAUAGUUGGCUGUUCUUUUAACUAGUGAAACUUUAAACACAUAAAUACAGUUUUACAAGAGAUCUAUUUAAAUUUUUUUAUUUAAAAUGUACGCUUGUCGCCCAUUAGCGCGCAGUCUUAAUGGAAGCAGACCGCUUUUGAGGCAGUUGCUCAGCCAAAAACCUUUGAACACGUCUCGUCUUCUGGCCAAUGAAGCAUCAAAGGAUGUCAAGGCGAGUGGUCCAACGACCAUUGGCCCAGAAGGAAAUGUUCUAGUGCCGCCAGUGACCCUGAAAGUAAUACCCUUUCGUAUGCCACCCGAUUUGCCCUACGACGAUCGCAAUGAGUUACUGGGAAGACAGCUUUCGCCACAUUUAUCCAUCUACAAGAUCCAAUUGACUUCGACACUAUCUGCCUUUCUGCGAAUCAGUGGCUUUGUGUUGGCUGUUUUCGUUUGGGUCCUUGGAAUCGGAGGACUGCUACUACAGGGCGACAUGGAAGGAUUUGUGAAAGAGGUGGAAAAGUGCGAUUGUAAGGCCCUUGUGACGAUGACCAAAGUUGUGGUGGCGGUGCCAUUUGCAUAUCAUUUGGUGGCCGGAACUCGACAUUUGAUUUGGUAUUUGAAUAAGUUCCUUACGAUUCCGGAGGUCUAUGCCACCGGUUAUGUGGCCGUGGUCCUUUCGAUUGCCUUGGCUGCCGGUUUGCUCAUCGCAGACGUGGGCGAGAAGGUCAAGGAGCAGGUGGUAGAUCUCUCCAAGCAGGGUAAGAAACAAGCUCCGAAAAAGGUGGAAACCAAGAAAGAGCCUCCCAAGAAAGAGGCUUCGAAGGAUGCCAAAAAAGGAAAGGAGGAACCCAAAAAAGAUGCAAAGGGCAAAAAGAAAGAAGACGAUGGCAAGUCAACAAAAUGAUCUCAAUGCAAGUUUAUCGUUUUAUUCUAAAGCAGACUAAUAAUAAGAAAAAUUAUAUCUUUAAUGGAGGUAAACACAUUUUUCGACCAAUUGCUAUGCUUAUUUCAAAAUUUGUAUGUAAAGCAUAUUUAAUGAUAAAAUAUUUUAGUAAAUGUUAGAUAUUAUUUAUUAAAAUGUUUACUUAAAUUA